AUGGCGUCCAAGUUCUCAUCAGAGAGAGAUGAAAAGGUCAAGCUACACACUCGAAAAGGUCACGACAUGACAUGGUCAUGUGACAAACACGGGGAGCCAAUCAAAUUUUACUGCAAAGAACACAAAAUCCCCGUUUGUCAUCCAUGCGCUACAAAAGAUCAUAAGCCGUGUGAGCUAGACGACAUCGAGGAUGUCAUCUUGGAGAGGAGGAGGAUACUGGAUGACAAGCAGCAAGAGAUAGAGGAAAUGAAGAAACAACUGAAAGCGCUUGACUCUAAACUGGAUUCCACUGUAACCUCUGCAAGUAACCAUUUUCAAUCAGUCAACGAUGAACUUAAGAUGGCAUUCGACGACAAAUUAAAGAUUGUGAAAGACAAAGAGAAACUAUCGAUUCAUUUGAUCGACGAGGAGGCGGAUAAAGAAAUACAAAUAAUUAACGAAAAGAGGGAAAGACGGAUCAAAUCAUGUCACGAAGAAGCAGAACAACAACAACUAACCAUCAAAGAAAGCCAAGCAAAAAUCGAAUCAGACACAAAGGCAAUCAGCGAGGUGGUUGCUAAAAAGAUAAAAGAUCUCACAAGUAAGAAUCAGCAUGCAAUCAGCACUAUGGAUAAUGUUGACGCCAAUAUCAAACGAAUCAAACAAUUUGACAAAAGAUUGGUGAAUGAAGCUAUGCAAGUACUUGCAUCCCUAGAUAACGUUUUGAAUUUGAAAGAUGUUAGCGACUGUCUUGACCGAAUACAGCGUGAGGUUCAGAAAGUAGGGUUUGUCGAGGGUGAGGUAGGCGGGGAACACUCCGGGAGAAUUGACGGCUAUAUCGAUCGGCAAAUGGGAGCUUGUCAAGUCAAUUCACAUUACAUCGAUUGUUAA